UACUAAUAUAACGUCAACCACAAAGCUGACACUCUUUAUGGAAAAGCGGAACUUCUAUGACCAUCUCACCCACGUGGAUCCAAUCGAUGGACUGUUGUCUUUUGACACAAACAGUGUUGAAGGUCAGCACGUCUACCUCAUCCUCACCUGCGGGUGUCGCUAUGGACGAGAGGAUUUGGACGUCCUUGGUCUGACACUCCGAAAAGAUUUACUGAUGUACACGAAACGAAUUUGGCCAAUAGGCCAAGAGCAAAGCCUAGUCGAAGUAAAGAAAAGAACAAGAUAUUGUCGGAGACGACGAAGAGAAGACUCCGACGCCAAUUUGGACCGUCUUGGAAUCUCGCAAGCAACUGCCGAUACAUCGAAACUAUUCCCCAACGAAGAACAACGCUGCUUUGAUAGUCAGGAGGAAAUCCUGACCAAAGAUUUUCAUCUGUCGCUGGUCCAACGACGGCUGGUGAUGAAACUCGGUGCGGAAGGACAUCCUUUUCGAAUAUGCCUUCCACCAUUUUCUCCCUCUUCGGUAACAGUUCAACCGAUGGAUGAAGAUAUGGAGAACCUUUGUGGUGUCACCUAUGACGUAUGUGCCUUCAUUGGAAAAAGACUGACGGACGUAAACAAGAUGAGCUCCGUUUCUAUGCUGAUUCGAAAAUUGACAAGAGGACCGCCUAUCGAUCUUCGACCAAGUCAGACAAUCACGUGCUGCGGUUCCCGCUCCCCGGUUCUUUCCUGCCUUGGUAACGUCACCAUGUGUGCUUCAUUAAACAAAACGCUGUACUAUCAUGGUGAGGACGUCACUGUUGAUGUGAGCAUUGAAAACCUGUCCCGUUGUUCAGUCCGAAAAGUUCGUGUUACCGUUGUUCAAUUGGCCGAACUUUACAUGCUUACAAAAGGAUCAUUCCAAACUCUGGUUGUGAAAGCAGACCGUCCGAAAGGACUUCCCAUUCGACCGGGCACCACUGACUGGAAACACACCUUCGUACUUCGGCCGGUGCAUGACCAGAAAUACGGCAAACGUAGUCUGGUCUUAGAUGGUCUGUUGAAGCAAGAGAAGGUCUCUCUGGCUUCCUCAUCGAUAUACCGAGUCCCAGACAAUGACUGUCGGUACUACCAGCUCAUGCGAUCAAUAUUUGGUGAGGCUGUAUACACAAAUGCGCCCCGGGUGGUCAAGGAUCUACAAGGAAUAUUUAUUUCAUACGUGGUGCACUGCCGGUGUUGGAUGGGACUGAAUAGUUUGAGGGUCGAACUGCCUUUCUUUCUGAUGCACCCUACCCCCGGAUCCGAACAAAACGUUCAAGAGACCACACCGCAGUUUUCGAACAGAUUGUCUGAAGCCUCCCUGGACGACCACGUUUCUACGGUGCCGGCAGACAAUACAAUUCGACCAAACAUCAGCGAGGACAGACCACAAAACGAAUCGAUCAGGGAGUGUAGUGUCCAACACUAACUUGCCCGGCACGUGCUCCAGAUACAUCCGAACGACCAUUUAUCGGUUGAUAUUCUGUCGAUAUGUUCCAUGCACCUGAACAACACUCUGUUUACCGAUAAAAACUCCUGUUCAAAACAUUCGCCCGCUUGUAAUCUUGGGUGCGAAGAUAUCUCAUCACCACAGCAAA